AUGGGGCCAGAGACAGGACUGGGGACCAGGCCACAUUGGUCCACAGACCGUCAGACAGGACUGGAGACCAGCAAGGCUAUCUACCCCGCAUCUUUUCUUACAAAGAAGCUAAAUAUUGGUGGGAAAAGAGUAAACCUUGCAAUAUGGGAUACAGCUGGUCAAGAAAGAUUUCAUGCAUUGGGGCCGAUCUACUACAGGGAUUCUAAUGGCGCUAUUCUAGUAUAUGAUAUAACAGAUGAAGACUCUUUUCAAAAGGUAAAAAACUGGGUUAAGGAAUUAAGAAAAAUGUUGGGAAAUGAAAUCUGUUUAUGUAUAGUAGGUAACAAAAUAGACUUGGAAAAAGAGAGACAUGUUUCAGUGCAAGAAGCAGAAACGUAUGCUGAAUCUGUUGGAGCAAAACAUUAUCAUACUUCAGCUAAACAGAACAAAGGAAUUGAAGAACUGUUUCUUGACCUUUGUAAAAGAAUGAUAGAAACUGCUCAAGUGGAUGAAAGAGCAAGAGGCAAUGGUUCCAGUCAGUCAGGAAUAGCAAGGCGAGGUGUACAGAUCAUUGAUGAUGAGCCACAAGUACAGAGCAGUGGAGGGUGCUGUUCUUCUGGAUAAUUAUAAAACUGUGCAUCACUGCCCUCUCAAUAUGAAGACUGCCAUAUUCCAAGUCACGCAUUCUUUACCAAUGGAGUAAUAGAAUUAACAGUAUUUAAAAAUAAUCACAUGUAACACUGCAGAGACCUUAAGUGCUAAACUAGUGGCGUCUGUGACCAGAGAAUUGGCAUUUUCUACCGUGGUUAACAAAGCAAUUACCAAUGGCCUUUUUACAUAUUUUUCUUUAAUGAGGAAUAAUAUGCAUGUAGAAAAGACCUACUUAAAGGCUUCAUUUAUAUUCUUUUAAAUCAGAUCAUUAUUUAAUAACUUAUAUACAUUGUUGUUGGAAUGGUAUAUGUUUUUGCAGCUCUUUGUAUUUUGUGGUAGGUUGAAUUGUAUCACUUCUAAAAUGCAAAUUGAUUUUUUUUAAAUUAGCAGAUAUCUGAAGUAAUAUUUUUGCAGGGCCUCCACAAGCCUAUAACUGUCAACUACUUUGAUAUAUUCUGUUCAUCCUGUAUGCCAAGCUGGUAAAAUACAUUGUAAAUUACAUUAAAUAUUUUAUCUGCUUUUACAAUUGCAGGUGCAGAAAUAUGUACAUCAGUCUUGUCAGUGGUUGUGAAGUGAAUAAGUCAGUGAAAGAUGCAAGCUUUUCACGUGUACUGUUGGAUUGCUCAUUCUAUUCCCCCUACCUGAAAACAGCUUUUUUUUGCUACAUUCAUAGCUACAGCAUUUAUUUAAGCCUUUUCUGGCAAGCAGCAGUAUUUAGACUAUCCCUUUAGUGGGAAGAGAAUGCUUCCUUAGACUGCUGUUUAACAUCGAGGUGUUUGACUCCCAGCUAAAACAGUUGGCGCAUGCAUAUAUCUUGCCUCUGCAGUUACUUUGGCCUCUCAGAAUAUCCCCAGAAAGUCAAAGCAACUUUAGCCCUCAUCUAUCUGGUAUCCAGUAAACCAGAUGCAUGGGAAACUCUUAAGCUGCAUUAAUACAUUUGUGUCCCAAGACAGCGUUAUAAACUAUUAAUGACAUAAUUUUUUUCCCUGUAUUGUAGGGCUUGAGUGAACAAAUGAAUUGGCAUUAACUAGAACUGCUUCUGAUUUGGAGGGAUUAAAUGGAAGAUAUGAAACUUGUCAGAUGUAAUUGUAACUUUGGGAAUACUAGACAGAACUUACUCCUGACUUGCUCUUUCUCUUGUAAAGCGUUUUGAAGCCCACUUAAGUUUUGGGAGGAGGGUUUUCAGAAAAAGUGUAUAAACUAUUAUUGCUAUAAAGGAACACAAAUGGUGGUAGCUGAAACUUCAAAAUGUUUUGUGCUUUGACUUUUUUACUUAAGUUGUCAUGCUUGGAAAAACAGUAAAGGUGAUGUCUAUGACAAAAUAGAAUAUUCCUUGGCCUUCCUUUUUCUGAAGGGUAGACUUAGUGUUGCAUAUGAAUGCAUUGAAUGGUGUGGGUAUGUUCCGAUGCGCAAAAGGAGUAGUAGGAACUAAUCAGUCUGUGUAAGAGAAGUGUGCUGUCUUCAAUCUGAUUUUUAUUUUCUCUGAAAUAGAUGGCUUUGAUACA